AUGCCCGCAGCCUCAAGAAUCGCCGCUGAAAAGUCGACCCCUUCACGCACCAGAGCACCCUCUAAGCGAACCAUCAAUCGAAGCCGAGGCAAACCUUCUGCAUCUGCAGUCAAGGAGAUCCCAGACACUGACGACGACGAUAUCUCUGUCACUGCCUCUACCUCAAAAGGCGCAUUCCAAGGAGUCUACCUCUCCAAUAAUGACUCUGCUCCUGCAAAACGCCGUGGCCGGUUGUCUGAGUCAACGGCCCCUUCUUCUAUCGCCGAUCCGAUGGACUCGCCUGAUUAUGAGACCCCAGGAACCAGUACUGUCCCAACCCCUGAUCCAGGCACGUCAAAAGCGAAAGUUGGAGCUACAGCCAGGGCUUUGCAACUUGAGUCUUCCGAGUUUUCUCUCCGUGGGAGGACUGCUUCUCGAAAGCGAAACAUCAAUGAAAUAACGGAUUUGGAUUUCGAGGACACCGAUGCACAACUCGCGGCAGAACUGCAGAGAGAGGAGUACAAGGUAGUGGCAGAUUCAGAGGGGAGUGAUGAUGAACCCCUAUCCAAACGCCGUCGUACCAGGUCAUCCAUCAUCGACCUGACGGACGAUGAUGACGACGAAAUCCCUCGCGCCAACACUCGUCAGCGUCGAGCCAAACUCCCUCUCCGUAAUCAAAAUUCUUCCACUGCUGCCGUUGGGGCGUUGAAUGACAGUUCCGGGCUUUCCUCGGCGGCCUCGACUCCCGAUUCAGAAUUGUCCGAUUUCACCCUACCACCCGUGUCAGGGGGUUCGGCAGACCUUAGUGAGGUCGAUGACGAUGAUGAAGAUGUUCAACCACCGUGGGCUAGAGGCAGUCGUUCGUCACUCGAUUGGACAAAGAUAACCCAAGACGAGAUUAUGUUCUGGGCGGAUCCCGCGAAGCGACGUCAAUUGAGAGAACGCAAACGCUUGGAAAAGGCGCAUCCAGAAAUCAAGACCAUGUGGACGGACCUGGCCAAGAUCCCAGUCAUCAAGCCCGUGCGAGCGCCACAACCGGCUGGGAUCAGUCGUAAAUUGAAGCCCUUCCAGCUUGAAGGCUUGGACUGGAUGAUCAAACAGGAAAAGUCCCAGUGGAGAGGGGGCUUGCUUGGUGAUGAGAUGGGGAUGGGAAAGACCAUCCAGGCUGUUAGUCUUAUCAUGUCCGACUAUCCCGCGAAAGCUCCGAGCCUGGUGAUUGUCCCUCCUGUGGCCCUAAUGCAAUGGCAGUCGGAGAUCAAAGAAUACACCAGUGGAAAGCUGAAGGUGCUGGUUUAUCACUCUUCCGCCAACCCAAAAUGCAAGCUUCUCACGGUCAAGGACCUGAAAAAGUACGAUGUCAUCAUGGUCUCCUAUUCUGGCCUAGAGUCGAUGUACCGAAAGGAGCAGAAGGGAUGGUCUCGGGGUGAUGGAAUUGUCAAAGAGGACAGCGUGUUGCACUCGAUCAAAUAUCAUCGAUUGAUCCUCGACGAGGCCCACAGCAUCAAACAGCGCACCACCGGCGUGGCAAGAGCCUGCUUUGCUCUCAAAGCUACCUACAAAUGGUGCUUGUCUGGCACACCUGUUCAGAAUCGUAUUGGCGAGUUUUUCUCGCUCCUCCGGUUCCUCGAGAUUCACCCAUUCGCAUGUUAUUUCUGCAAGACAUGUGAUUGUCGUGAACUGCACUGGUCCCAGGAUGAAUCGAAGAGAUGCGUCAAAUGCAAGCAUAGUGGCUUUAACCACGUCUCUGUGUUCAACCAGGAGAUUCUCAAUCCGAUCACCCAGGCGGACAAUCAAAGUCUCAGAAAGGACGCUCUGGACAAGUUGCGUUUGAUCACCGACCGCAUCAUGCUUCGUCGAAUGAAGCGAGACCACACAUCUUCGAUGGAGCUCCCACCCAAAGAGAUCGUUAUCCACAACGAGUUCUUUGGAGAAAUCGAACGCGACUUCUCCCAAAGUAUCAUGUCUAACUCGACACGCAAAUUCGACACGUACGUCUCGCAGGGGGUCAUGUUGAACAACUACGCCAACAUCUUUGGUCUCAUCAUGCAAAUGAGACAAGUCGCCAACCACCCUGAUUUGAUCCUGCGCAAGAACGCAGAAGGCGGGCAGAAUGUUCUCGUUUGCUGCGUCUGCGACGAGCCUGCGGAGGAUGCCAUCCGUUCUCGGUGCCAUCACGAAUUCUGUCGUCAAUGUGCCAAGUCAUACGUCCAGUCCUUCGCUGGUAGUGCCUACGGAGGCUCUGAGGAAGACGCAGAUUGUCCGAGAUGCCACAUCCCCUUGGUGAUAGACUGGGACCAGCCGGAAAUCGAGCAGGACGAAGACAACGUCAAGAAGUCAUCCAUCAUCAACCGCAUCAAGAUGGAAGAUUGGACCAGCUCUACAAAGAUUGAGAUGCUCGUGUAUGACCUGUACAAGCUCCGCAGCAAGAAACAGACGCACAAGUCGAUUGUGUUUUCGCAGUUCACCAGCAUGUUGCAACUCGUUCAGUGGCGUUUGCAGAAGUCGGGGUUCAGCACGGUCUUGUUGGAUGGAAGCAUGACUCCCGCGCAGAGACAGAAGACCAUCGACCACUUCAUGAGCAACGUCGAUGUGGAGGUCUUCCUCGUCUCACUCAAGGCAGGCGGUGUCGCCCUGAACUUGACCGAGGCCAGCAGAGUUUACAUUGUCGAUCCAUGGUGGAACCCUGCUGCCGAAUGGCAGUCUGCGGAUCGGUGCCAUCGAAUCGGCCAACGUCGACCUUGCGUCAUCACGCGGCUGUGUAUCGAAGACUCGGUCGAAUCACGAAUGGUAUUGCUUCAGGAGAAGAAGGCCAACAUGAUCAAUGGAACGGUGAACAACGACCAGGUCGCACUUGACAAACUGACGCCGGAGGACAUGCAGUUCUUGUUUCGUGGUUCAUGA